CUCGAGGGUCUCCGUGCAGCCUCCAGCCAGAGCCGCACCGGAAGCUGGGUGGGCCAGGGAGUCGCGAAGCUGAGUUCCGCCAUGGCGCUCCAGAGACAGAGUCUCAUGUGGCUGAAGAUGACCUUGACCUGAUCCUCCUACAACUACCUGGAAUCAUAGGCAUGUGCUACCAUAUCUGGCUUUGGGUGGCACUGGGACUUAAUUGCAGUGCAUGCCAGGCAAGCACUUUACCCCUGACCAGCAUCCCCGGUUUCCCUUCUUCCACUUGGGAGAGCUCUGCGGGGAGCAUCCCCCCACUCACAGCAAGUUCCCAUCCACAUCAAAACAAAGCACUAUCAGUCAGUGCGGAUUGCCUUUUGAGGCUAGGUUGGAGAGAGGCCUGGAAAAUAUCGCAUGCAAAAGCCUAAAAGAGGCAGAUAUAUUUAGCCUUGAGAUAAAGAGCCACAUACACUGCCCCCCAAAGUCAGGAGUGUGUAGAAGAGCCGGAGGUGACAAGCAGUGCUCUGUAAAUGGAUGUUAGGCAGAUAGGCGUGGCUAUAGUGACACUAGUCACAGCACUUGAUGGGCCCCAGCAUUUAUUCUAGGUUUAUUCUAGCCUAUCGUAAUUAAUACUGUCUGUACAGUAUGCAUAUGAACUAGGAUAGGAUCCACUAUUAAGGGUGAGUUUGCUCAGAUGGGUCAGCCAUUGGCUGAAGUCCCAUCCCAAAUAUGGUAUCAUUUCAUGCACCUAAGGUUGCGGUUCUCACAAAGGGCUGGCUUACACUAAGCAGGCUCACAAAAGACUAAUAAAAAUGCUGUAGUUUGACAAUGUCCUCUGAAUUUCACCUGUUAGAAACUUAGUGUCAUGUGUUGAUGCUUUGUGGGGAGGUCUUUGGAGUCACUGGGUGGUCGAGGGGUAGCCUUGUCAUUGGAGUCACUGGGUGGUCGAGGGGUAGCCUUGUCAUUGGAGUCACUGGGUGGUCGAGGGGUAGCCUUGUCAUUAGAGUCACUGGGAGGUCGAGGGGUAGGUAGCCUUGUCAUUGGAGUCACUGGGUGGUCGAGGGGUAGCCUUGUCAUUGGAGUCACUGGGAGGUCAAGGGGGUAGCCUUGUCAUUGGAGUCACUGGGUGGUCGAGGGGUAGCCUUGUCAUUGGAGUCACUGGGUGGUCGAGGGGUAGCCUUGAAAUUGGAGUCACUGGGAGGUCAAGGGGUAGCCUUGUCAUUGGAGUCACUGGGAGGUCGAGGGGUAGCCUUGUCAUUAGAGUCACUGGGAGGUCGAGGAGUAGCUUUGUCAUUGGAGUCACUGGGAGGUCGAGGGGUAGCCUUGUUUAAAGGCCUUUCUGGCUCGCUUGCUUUGUUUCCUCACCAAACUGUCAUGCACGGUACGACAUGGCGACGUGGCAGGGAGGCCGUCAACUUGGGCUCUUGACCUUGGGUUUCCCGGCAUCUGCAACUGUUAAGAAGUCAGUUUAUUUUCUUUAUAAUUACCCUGUGUCAGGUAUUCUGUUACAGUUAGUAGAAAUACAGAGAGGAAGGAAGCCAGGUGCUUACUUUUAGUGAAAAAUGGAGCUGGCAAGCUGAAAAUGCGUGAAGAUACGGCUGUUGAAGCAUCUGACCACCUGUCUUCUUUGUAUUUCUUUAUUAGAAUACCCAAGAUGGGUCACUUAUAAAGAACAGGUUUCGGCUGGAUAUGGCAGUGCGCACCUUUAAUCCCAGCACUUGGGAGGCAGAGGCAACUGAAUCUCUUAUGAGUUUAAAACCUGCCUGACCUACAUAAUAAGUUCCAGGACAACUAGGGCUACAGUAGUGAGGCUGCCUCGCAAAAAGCAAACAAUAACAAACCGGAUUUUCCCCCAUAGUUCUAGCUGCUGAGAACUCUAAAGCAAGGGGCAAGGAGCUGGCAUCCAGCAAGGAUCGCCUUAAUGUGGGGGUUAGCCACGUUUCUGGUUGUCCUGACAAAAUAUCCAGCAGGAACACCUAGAAGAGGCUAGGUUGGCUUUGGCUCGUGAUUUCAGGGGGUUCAGUCAUGGUCAUUUAACCCCUGUACUUGGGCAGAACAGUGUGGCAGCAAAGUGUGUAUUCUCUAAGUCUUGAUGGUUGUGAGAUGGGGGGUUGACAUGAAGGAACCAGGAGUACUACACCCCAAAGUGUAAUACUACCUCCAGUGAUAUAUUAGGUCCUCUUUGUAAAGUUUCUAUAACCUCCUAAAGUCAUUCGGCAGACAGGGAACAAGCUUUUAAAACAUGAGCUUGUGGGCACCAGGAGACUCGUCACGUUCAGCCAAUAGCACUGUCAUCCCACAGCAGAAGGCAGAAGGGCAGAAGAGCAUGAGUAAGAGGAAGAAGAGGCUAGCCCCACCUUUUUAUUACUUCCCCCAGAUAAUGGCCUUAAUCUACGCAUAGCCUAAUCAAUCACUGUCUCACCUAGAGUGGACCCUGCAUCCGGAGGCCCAGUGCUAGUGGAGAGCUGGCUCCUAAGCACACAGGUGCUGGGCAAGCUCUGCAGCUGGCAGCAUGGCGCUGUGGUGGCCUGAGCGUGGCGCUCUGGUGGCCUGAGCCAUGCUGCUGUUUAGGAGGUUCUGCUGUGUAGGCCAGCAUACAUGUCAUGUGGCCAAGGCUGUCCCUGUGCUGAACUCGAGUCUGUAAACUCACGCUGUGCUGCAGGCACAGCCUUCCUCUGGCAGGGUAGGGAACACUUGAUCAAUUCCAGCUCUCGGAGUCGCAGGCCCAUCGGGUUGGGUCUCUGUUGCCGUGGCAUGGCCUCCCUUUGCAGUGAUUCCCUUAGCCAUCACAGGAGAAGGUCGGGUUAUAAAUGGCUUCUGUUCUGAUUUUAUGACCCCUUCUUGAUGGUGAAACUUCUCUGAUAGCUGUAGCUGUCUACUUAGUGCAUGGGGUGAUGCAUGGUCAUACAUCGUAAUUUGUGUGACUUUAGGAUACGAGCAUUCAUCACAGCAGCACCUGUACAUGUUUAAAGUGUGGGAGUAAAACAUGCAGGAGGCCUGCCCACGCCCGUUUGCGCCCUGUGCCUGUUGUGACAGCCCUGGGAGUCUGCCCCCCCACAUCCCCAUGGUUCCCAAGCUUUGGCUGCUGGGAUGCCAGAAGGGAGGGGGGAAGAGGGCAGCACCGGAAGGGACCAGAGGACACAGCUGUAGCAGAGAUGCCAAAGGGUGGCUAGAAAGUGAUGGGUAGACUGCACGGAAGGGGGAGGGGGUAAGAUGGCCAAGUGUAAUGGGGUCCUGUGGGGGGCCCCCAAGAGCACCUGAGGCUUAGAGACACCCGUGAGGAUUUACACUCAGCAGGUACUUGGCUCCAUAGCUGUGUCCAUGACAGUGGAAAGACAUCUGACAAAUCCAGCCAUCAGCGAAGGGGCUGUAUUUUGGGGUGAUGUUAGGGGACAUUUGAGGGCGGGUUUCCAGAGGCCUCCAGUGCAGUCACUGGGAAACACUUAACUCCUAUAGCACGACAUAGAAUGCCCACUGGGAAUCUUGCCGGACUCUAGACCCAGGGUCGUUUGUGAGAACAGGUCACUCAGUCAGCUAGCAUUUGACUCCGGUGCAGAAGAUAUGCUUUCAGCACAAACUACAGCACACAGAUUGCCUCUGUGGCCGGUCCUUGUCACUUUGUGGGUUCUUUUUCCCACCCUUUAUCCCCCUCUUGUAUCACCCACUAUCACUAGAUAGGAGAGAAAGGAUAGAGGGGAGACAGAAAUACAGACCGCUAAUUCUGAUUUCUUUCCUUUUGUUUUUCUUUGACCCUGCUACCAACAAACUGCCACCAAACCCCCUGAAUGGCCGCCAACUCCACCUAUUGAGGCUCUCCCCCUCCUGUAUCACCCACUAUCACUAGAUAAGAGAGAAAGGAUAGAGAGGAGACAGAUAAAGACCGCUGAUUCUGAUUUCUUUCCUUUUGUUUUUCUUUGACCCUGCUACCAACAAACUGCCACCAAACCCCCUGAAUGGCCGCCAACUCCACCUAUUGAGGCUCUAGCAUUUCUAUACCCACUGAAGAUUCUCAGAAUUCCAGAUGUCACACAAUCGCAGAAACUAUCUGCAGCUGGCAGAACCAUGCCUCUGAUACAGCACAAGGCAAAUCCUAGUCAGCUGCCGCGGAGCAGCCCCAUAGCCCCACACCUGCGAUUAAACAAAAAGAUAUUCUUAUAAUAUUUCUAUAUAUUUUUUAAAGAUUCCAGAAUUCUCACUACAAGCCUCUGCUAACCUCUAAUUGGUUAGGUAGAAACCCUUUGAGACGCACGGUCCCAGGUGCCUGCCUGGGGCCACCUGGUGCUAGGCAUUUUGAAGGGCAGCAGUGCCAUGCCUACCCUGUUGGCUCUUUAGUGCAGAACCUAAGAUUGUCCACAUUUUGUGUGCUAGGAGGACCACAAGAAAUGCAGAAUGGCUCCCUGCGAGAGGUGUGUGGAGUGUGAGAUGUCCCUGAGGGAUAGUGGCAUUAGUGGGCCAGAACCACAGUUAAGCCUAGGGAAGAGUCUGCUGUGUUGCCCAGCGGGCCAUACAGAUGGUUGGGAAUGCACAGGGAGCCCAGAGGCAAAGGACGCUGCCUCUGGAUGCCAACAGUCACUGCAGAUGCUGUCCCUGGCCAGAUGUGUGACUGGAGCCCAACCACUUCAAAAUGCCAGGGCUCUGAGUAUAUGAGUCCGUGUGUGCACGCUGGUAGCUGUCAGCUGUCAGGAGUGACAGGCUGAGAGAUGGUGGGGAAUGACAAGGCUGCCAGUUAGUAGCAGAGAUGGUUUUUAAAAUCAGUGACAUAAAUGCAUGAGAUAGGCAGUAGAGUCUCCUCUGCUUUAUUAGAAAUGUCCCCAUUUUCUUUACAGUUCCUUCCUGCAAAUCAUGCUUGGUUCUAACCUCGAUGGAGUCUUUCCUUAAUUUACGUCUGUAAUUCACUUCUGUGUUGUUUGCAUGGUUAAUUCCUGCCAUAAUUGAAGCUCCUGCCUAUCAGAUGUUGGUCAUCGGCUGAGUUUUCAUGGCUGUUUUAAUGACUUGUAAAGUAAGAGCUAUUGCUCUCAUCUUACCAAGCCAUAGGAAGCAGAAAGGGAGCAUGGCAGCUAAGGGUGUGGAGUGUGGAUGUAAAGAAGUGUCUCCUGAAGCUCCUGGGUUUCUCCUGAGCAGGGCCCUAAGGUCCACACUGCAAGCUUUCGGGGCCAAGCAGCCAUAGUGGGAGGGCUGGGUAGGCAGCGUGGUGAGGUGGAGCCACUGCACUGCAGCCCAGGAGGGCUUCGUGGACGUCACCUCUUGCUGCAUGCUGCUCCUGCGUGAGCCUGGUAGUGGUGUCACAGCUCUCCACAGUGGAAUUGGCCAAGGCUGUACCAGGGUUUGUGGGGAAUUACAGCUAUGAAGGGCCGGUAGGACUGGAGAAGUGGAGGUGGGUUGUGCCCAGCAGCUAGGAACCUGGGCCCCACAGGAGCGGAGAUCAAGGGCCCUCAGCACAGGCCAGGCCUGUGAGUGCCGGGCUGGCCUGCUCCCUGGCUGACCGGUAGGAAAGGGUCAGUCGUCCCUAGAUCUUCAAGACUUCCUGAGGUUUUUGUUGCUGCCCCUCCCCUUGUUUUUUGAUGGUGUUUAAUUUCUGACAUGAAUUAUGUCAUCCCUGCUGAAGAGCAUUAAGUAGGCGUUUCCUUUGCUCUGUGGGUUGUUUAACCCCAGUUCAGGAACCUAAAAUGGAAAAUGCUCCAAAGGGCAGGCUUUUGCGCCCUGCAGUGCCACUGUGAAGACCUCCAUCUGAGCUCCUUCCUAUAAAUGCUUGCAGUCAAAAUGCAGCGUACCAAACACAUUGUAAAAGUUACCAUCAACUCGGUAUAUGCAAAAGGACGCAAUUGAGUGUCGUUUCUAAAAUAACUCAUUAUGUACAUAAAAACACUCAAAAACAAAGAUUCAAAACUCAUCUGACCCUAGGAAUUUGGGAUAAAAAAUACUAGACCUUGGUAACAAGCCGGUUGUUAGCUGAUGUCCCCCUUUCAGGACCUCGGUGCUGGAGUUCCAGGUCCUCAGACAUUCUCUUAUUAGCUGACACAGCAAAUGUAGGCUUUGCCUGCAACCUUGGGACUAGUUUCAUCUUCCCACGUUACCCCCGUGGUGACCAUGUUUCUAUAAAGUUGCUGGCAGCACAUCUUCCUGGGUACCCAGCUAACCCCAGCAUGUCCCAGGAACUGCUGCUCCCGGGCCAGGUCCCACCCAUUUCUGCACUGCCUGUUCCCAGUAUCUACCAAGAGACCCAUGUGGCUCCCUGAGUUCCAAGGGACAGUUUGGGUGGGCCUUGUUGGCAUGGCUGCAGCCAACCCCCCCGGAGACUGUACCCGCAGGUGCCCAUCAGCUUCAAGGACUUGGCCGUGCGGUUCUCUGAAGAGGAGUGGCGGCUCCUGCAGGACGGGCAGCGGGAAUUCUACAGAGACGUGAUGCGGGAAAACUACGAGACGCUGGUGUCUGUGGGGACCUCUGAGCUGCUUCCUCUCUCUGCUUUCCUGUCACCUGCAGAGGCUGGAGGAGCCACACCAGGAGAGAGCCACCAGGAAAAGGGACAGAAGCCAGCUUUGGAGCACAGUUCCCAGGGAGAGCAGCCUCAGCAGAGCCUCCACCUCACAGCAUUAGUGCAGCUGGUGAAGGAGAUUCCAGAGUUCUUGUUUGGAGAAGUGAAGAGUGCUGAGGACUGCUCUGACAGUGGGAGCACCGGUCUGGAUGGGGAGCAGACAAGCCCUGAGGCAGCUGUGGUUGUGGAAGCUUGCCCUCCCCGAGGCCUGUUCAGUUCUCUUCCGGAGAGCCCUGCAAGCCACCCCAGCCUGGCGACCACACCCACGGGCAGCUCAACUUCCAGUGGCCCUCCUGGAGACUGGGCACACGGAAGCCCCUUACCUGCUAUAGGAACUGAUGACAAACCACUGUCUAUAGAGAAGGGAGGUGUAGGAGCCUCGGCAGAGACAUCCAUGCCUUCCGCUCAAAGCCUGGGCCAGAGCAGGAGUCACCUAAGACAGGAUAGAGGCAGCAUGGGGACAGGAACCCUUCCUGAGAACAGUCCAUUGCAAGGCCUCAUCAACUGUCUGAAGGAGAUCCUUGUGCCCAGGCCCCAGCCCCGGGGGACAGCCCCGGACUUGCUGCCUUCUCUCCCUGACUUGAGUGUGUUGAAGCAGACCAGAGCUGAGGUAGAAGCUGGGAGCCUGCCCUGCCCGGUGAAGACAGAGGCAGCACCUGGAGAUUGUCCCCUUCAGGGCCUGCUGAACUGUCUGAAGGAGAUCCCAAAUGCCCCAGACCGGCGUCCCAGCCCCUCAGGAGCAUCCGACUUGCAGCUGCAGGGGGAUCCAGGGAAAGGGCGUUCUGGAGGUAAAGGCCAAUCACUAGAGCUGGGACGCCUGCAGACCCCUCCUCCCCGCCCCAGUCAUGGGGCUGGAGCUGGCAGCAUGCUUACCACGGUGAAGGUAGAAGAUGGCUGGGCCCAGAGUCCCCCAGUGCCGGCAUCCUGCCAGCUUAGCCGGCAAGGCUACAGCUCCUACUCCACUGGAGACAACCGAGAGGUCCGCGUGCCUCGCUGGGGCCCCAUGACUCUAGCCAGCAGGCCCUCAGGCUCACCCCUAGAAGCUCUGGAGGCCUGUCUGAAGGGCAUCCCUCCAGGUGGGUCAUCACCUCUUCAGUCACUAGCCGUCUCAUGGUCCAGAAGUCCCCAGCCAGGAGAUGCUGGCUCUCAGAGGUUUGAGCUACAGCAACAAGGAUCUCACAGUGAAGAAGCUACAAGGGAGCCACUUCUGCCUCUGAGCUUGCAGGGGUACGUGAGAGAGGGGCCUGGGAUGCAACCCUGUGGCUCCCAGGGUACCCCUACCAGCUUCUCCUCAGCCAGCAGCAGUGAUGGGGAUCUGGACUUCAGGAGCCCCAGGAGCAGCCAGGGCCAACGGCUUGGGAAAGGCUAUCCACCAGGAAGCUCUCCACUCCAAGGCUUGGAGAACUGCCUGAGAGAGAUCCCUGUUCCCAGGCCGCAGGCUGCCUGGCCUUGCUCCUCAGCUGUAAACAGGGGCUUGAAGAGAACAGAGCCUAGGAACUGGACUGCAGACAGAGAAGCAUUGAGAGGUGAGGCCUGGGAGGCACCCCACCUCAGACAGCGUCCUGGAGAAGUACCCAGCAGGAGUCUGCAUCGAGGCAGUCCACAGACCUGUACUCCCACCUGCCACCAAGUGACCACCAGGCCAUGGCCACAAGAGGAGACAGCCACCAUGCCUUCACCUCUGCACCGCCUGGAGAACUCUCUGAGGGGGAUCUUGCCCGUGAGGCCCUUGCGUUUCACCUGCGUGACUGGCCCUGGCCCCAGUCCCAGCCCCUGCUCCAGCUCCAGCUUCAGCAGCUCCGAUGGAGAAGACCUACGACCAGAGCCUGCGUUUUGGCAGUCACCCCUCCAGCAGAAAGGCCACCUUCCCUCCUGUAAGGACCCUGUUCGUCUGUGCCCUGGCCCUGGCGCAUCUUCAAGGACCAGCAACAAUAGCUGCCUUGCUGAAGACCCCGAGAGAGCGGAGCCCAAGGACGGCAGCAGCCUCAGUGCAGGAAGAGCAGAAGAGAAGUCCCACCCACCCAGAACAGAAGAUGGUCCAGAGCGCUCGAGCCAGCCUGGCCCUGUCAGCCCUGCCGAAGGAAAAGGAGACGCAGCUGGGCGCCCCUGGCCUGAGCCCAAGGAUACUGAAGACUCGAGGGACCUGGAGCCUGGACAUAGACAACCCAGUGCGGCAGCCAGGACCCAAGAGAAGCUGCUCUCUGGGGACCCUCUGGAGCCACCUAGCAAGUCUCCUCUUCCCACAACUGUCUUGUCAAAUUGGUCACCCACUUCUCUUCAGCCACCAUGCCCCUGCGGCAGGUCCUUGCAGCAGGAGCUGCAUAACCUUGGUACCAUCCUCACGGAUAAGCUGGACCGACUUGCAGCAGCCUUGGCGGGCCUAACGAAGGAUGUUGCAACCAUGCGGACCCAGAUGGAUCAGCUACGAAGGCGCCCACGAAGCCUUGGACCAAAAGGUCAGGGUUCCUGGCCGCUGACCCUCCCCCAGAGACCUCGCUGGGUCAACAGACUGGACCACAGACAUCUACCCUACUGGAGACAGAAGGGCCGCACCAGGCCCAGACCAAAGAUCCUGCGGACCCAGGCAGAAGGCUGCAAGGCUGGUGACCACCCAGGACUCUCUAGAGGGAAGGGCAAUUUGGUGCCUCAGCUCCCUCCAGAAGCUUCCAGCUUCGUAGAAUCUUCAUCCCAGCAGAUCUCCUCUACUUCUGGAGGCCACACUGUGCUGACUGCACACCCACCUCUGGAACACACUGGAUGCCACCAGAAUCCCCUCUCCCCUUCAGUGCCUACUGCCUUGGUCCCCCUUGUGGCCUCUCCUGCAGCCAGUGCAGACACAGAACCUCAGGCUGCUAGAGUGGCAGCAGCCAGCAUUCCAAGCCAGCCCAAGGAACCUAACAGCCUGCUAGGGGCAGCCCUCAGCAAAGACCUCUGGGGAGGCGACCACAGGGAUCCAAGGUGGGGGGCCCAUUGACUGUGCUGUUUGUCUGAUCAGCCUUGCUCGGGAUUCUGGGUGGCAGGGAUGUCCUGGUGGGACCCUCUGGAGUUAACCCUCUCAGGCGGUCUGCUCUCCAGGGGUUGUAUCUUCCUUCUACCUGUUCAACCGGCCCUCUCAUUGCUGCUGUCGGUCUGGCGCUUUGCCUCUGCCGUGCUCCGCCUCCAUGGUGUCUGCAUGGAGCCGUGAGAGAGGCCCGCCUCAGCCGUGCCGCUGGCUUUCUUGGCUCAGGUUCAGUCAGUUGCUCUUCCUCCUUGGCAAAGCCGUCUAGGUUCCAGGUGGGUGUCGUGCAUACCACAUGUGCAGAGCUAGCUGCAGAGGGCACCACAAGGGCACCUUAACCUGCUCCUGAUCUCAACACUAAAAGGCUAGCCUUGGUCUGUCUAGAGUGAAUACUUUACAGAUGUCAUUUAGGGAGAGCCUGGUCUAUUGUCCAAGCUGAAUUUACUCCAUGGAUUCUAAAAUUAAAUAUAUUAGUUGCUAAGUAAAGACCAUUGGCUUCUGUGGAAGGGUAUUCAGAGGGGACAACACUUGGGCAUGGCUGCCUGGAUUGUCACCAGUGCGCUGGGAACUAGGCAGCUGCUGUUCCCCUCUUCUACACACACCUCAUGAGAACUGAGCAUGCGCAGUACAGCUGGGGACAGAAGCCACAGGGCCUCUGGGGAGAGGACUCCGCAUGUGUCAGCCUCCAGCCUCCUGGGCUGGGUACACAGUGUCACACACUUGGUCAGUCUGGACAGCUUAAAUCAGGGGCCCCAAAGCAAGUCCUGCCAGGCUUGGUUCUGCAGGGGACAUUUGGCUCUGUUGAGGGCUCUUUUCAUGCUCACAUGACAUCUACGAGUCUCUUCUCCAAAUGCCCCUCAUCCCAGGACACGGGAUGUUUUAAAUGGCACCUGUUCUCAUUUGAACUUGAUCUAAAGACUCUAGAGAGCAUCACAUUCUGAAGUCUGGGGAGGGGGGCACACUUUCUCCUAGUGCCUGGUGUCAGCCUUCUCACGUCGUGACAGUGGUGUCAUCCAGGAAGUUUACAUUCAAGAACCAGACAGUUGAGAUUUAAAAAAAAAAAGUCAGAAGAAAACCAUGUUUUAAGUAUGUGUACAAGUUUGUGUUGGGUUGCAUCUAUCCCAUUCCUCAGCUACAUGCAGGCUAGGUGGGCUACAGCUGGCUGUGCCUGUUGGGAUUAGACGGGGAGGAGGGCACCGUCUAGCUCAUAAUACACCUAAGACCUAGGCCAGUCUUGCUGACGAGAUGUCACGCUGUCUGCCUCUGUCCUGGUGAGAUACUUGUCACUCUAUCACAGCAGCCCACCCUAUACUGACUUGCUUCAUGUCCUUCAGAGUUGUCCUGAGUUCCUUUGGAACCUAAGGCCUUUCGGGAGCUGUGCCUGUGCCCAUAGGAGCGGGAAAGCCAGGGCCUGGGGCUGCGUGCUGAAGCUUUGGGUGCUUUGGCCUUGUCCUGGACAAUGACAAGCAAUUUCUUGUGGCUACUUUGCCCUGUGACACACUAUAAAGUAGUGGUCCCUGGAGUUAUCCAGGCCUGGGUGCCCCUCAGGUAGCCAAGCCCAGGCCAUGCCCAGGGCUUGGUGAAUGUGGUUUAAACAGACACAGUCACAAAAGAGAAAAGGUUUUAGAGCAGUGAUUCUCAACCUGUGAGUCACAAAGGAUCCACCCUAUGAGGAUCACAUAUCAGAUAUU